CUAGCGUGCAAUUAUCGUCUCGUGCGGUCUCCGCGGGAUCGGCGGCGGAUCAACGUCACGUGGGAUUAGCCAAUGACACAUGCAGUCGGAUAGGAGUCUUUCGCUCGGGUGGACACCGAUUUCCUCGUCGUCGUCGUCCUCAUCGGCAUCGUCAUCGUCGCCGGGACUGUCGCACUUUGCGUGUCUUCGGGAACGUUAUGGGAUCUUGAGAAAAUAUACGUCCCUCAUCGUCCGGAACGAGCGACUUUAAUUUGAGAAGGACCUCGAGAGUGAAACGGUGUUUCAUCAUCAUCCAUCUUCAUCAUCAUCAUGGACGGAAAAGUGCAAACCGAGAAAGUGAAGAAUCCCAGAGCAGGCGCCAAUAUCUUCAGUGCCUUAACGUUCUCUUGGAUCCUACGUACAUUCUGGGUGGGUUACCGCAGGGAUCUUGAAGUAACUGAUUUGUUCUCACCGCUUAAAGAGCAUACAAGUGGUAUUCUUGGUGUUAAAAUAGCGAAAGCCUGGGAGCAAGAAUGCGAAGCGUACAAUCGUCGGCUGGAAAAAAGUGCGAGGACCGGCUCCCAAAAGAAAGUCAGCAAACCCAGCCUGUUGAAAGUCAUCAUCAAGUGCUUCGGCAUCAAGAUCAUGCUGUACGGGGUGCUUCUGGCCGUCCUGGAGAUCUUGCUCAAGCUGUUGCAACCUAUCUUCCUGGGCCAGUUGAUACGAUACUACAGCACCCCGGAUGUCGACGAGUUGCAUGCUUAUUUGUACGCGGUUGGGAUCAUCCUGUGCUCUGCCAUCAGUGUGUUCAUGAUCCAUCCAUACAUGAUGGGAAUCCUGCACAUGGGCAUGAAGAUGCGCAUCGCUUGCUGCUCGCUUAUCUAUCGCAAGACGUUGAAGCUAACUAGGACUGCGCUGGGCGAGACGACGAUUGGUCAGGCAGUCAAUCUAUUAUCCAAUGACGUCAACAGGUUCGACAUAAGCAUCAUAUUUCUUCAUUAUUUGUGGAUCGGACCCUUACAGACCAUCGUCAUCACGUUCUUCAUGUACUUCUACCUCGAUAUCGGAAUAUCCUCCAUCAUCGGAGUCGCCUCUUUGCUGAUGUUUAUUCCUUUGCAAGGAUGGCUGGGCAAAAAAUCAUCAGAGUUGAGAUUAAGAACCGCAAUCAGGACUGACGAGAGGGUACGAUUGACAAAUGAAAUUAUCAGCGGAAUUCAAGCCAUUAAAAUGUAUACCUGGGAAAAACCAUUCAGCGCGCUCAUAGCAAAAGCGAGAAAGAAAGAGGUCAACGUCAUCCGGGGGACGUCGUAUAUCAGAGGUGUUAGCUUGUCGUUCAUCAUCUUUACCACGAGGAUGUCGUUGUUUAUCACAGUGCUGGCUUACGUGUUGUUCGGCUUCAAGAUAACGGCCGAAAAAGUGUUUAUGAUAACCGCUUAUUAUAACAUUCUGCGUACGACUAUGACAGUUUUCUUCGCACAAGGAAUAUCGCAAGUGGCGGAGGUAAUGAUAUCUAUAAAACGCUUGCAAAAGUUCUUGCUGUAUGAUGAGAUGGACUCUCCCGAAACCAAGACGAUGAAGGAGAACACAAAAGAGAAGCAUAAGGAGAAUACGAAUGAGAGUUACAAGAACACAAAUGAGAAAUAUAAGCAAAAUGUAAAUGAAAACUACAACGAAAAUGCGAAGGAAGAUUUGGUCAACCAGGAAAAGAGCGAUCGAGUGAUCGCGGAUCAACCGGAUCACAUCGAGCAUCAGAUUUGCAUUGAGAAUGCUAGCGCCAAGUGGCUGGAAUACGAGCAGGAGGAUACCUUGCAAAAUAUCAACAUCAAGGUACGCCCGGGUGAACUGAUCGCCAUUGUCGGACAGGUUGGUGCAGGCAAGAGCAGUCUGAUGAAUGUCAUCCUGAAGGAGCUGCGUUUGCAGCAAGGUUCCAUUCAGGUUAAUGGCAAGAUUGCCUAUGCCAGUCAAGAACCGUGGCUGUUUGCCGGAUCUGUAAGACAAAACAUUUUGUUUGGACAAAAGAUAGAUCAUAUCCGAUACGAUCGUGUGACCAGGGUGUGUCAGCUAAAGAAGGACUUCAAUAUGUUAACUUAUGGCGAUAGGACCAUAGUGGGCGAGAGGGGUAUUAGUCUUUCUGGAGGUCAGCGUGCAAGAAUCAAUUUGGCGAGAGCCGUUUACGCCGAAGCCGACAUAUAUCUCUUGGAUGAUCCUUUGAGCGCCGUGGACGCUCACGUGGGCAAACACAUGUUUGAAGAGUGCAUCGAUAAAUAUCUCCGCGGAAAGACCCGGAUUCUAGUGACUCAUCAAUUGCAAUACUUACAUAACGUCAACAGAAUUAUAGUUCUGAAGGACGGAGCUAUCCAAGCAGAAGGCACUUUUGACGAGUUGGGCUCCAUGGGAGUGGAUUUCGGUCGGCUAUUGGAUAAUAAAACGCAAGAGGAUGAGAAAACUUCUCGACCCCCUUCGGCUUCUGUUAGCCGAAGCAAUUCGCGUACUGGUAGCGUUACAUCCUUGAACUCUUAUAUAUCAGUUGAGACUUCGCAACGAGAACCUGAGGAGGUGGCUGAGAUGCGAUCUACGGGCAGUGUUGCUGGAAAAGUGUACGGGAAUUACUUUCGUGCCGGUGGCAAUUGGUGCGUAAUAUUCAUCAUCACUACGCUUUGCAUAUUAUCCCAGUUAGCGGCCAGCGGUGGUGAUUUCUUCAUCGCGCGAUGGGUCGAUAUCGAAGAAAACUACAUGAAUCAAACGGAGACUGGUGUCGUGGAAGACCCGAGAAGUCCCCUCACGCGCUUAGAAUGCAUUUACAUCUUCACCGCAUUGACCGCGCUAACGAUCGGCGUGACUCUGAUUCGCUCGUUCGCCUUCUUCGCGACAUGCAUGCGCGCCUCCAUGCGUCUACACGAUAACAUGUUUCGUAGCAUCAGCCACGCCACAAUGCGCUUCUUCAAUACCAACACGUCUGGACGUGUGCUCAAUCGCUUCUCCAAAGACAUAGGUUCGGUGGACGAAGUGUUGCCUACCGCACUCAUCGACUGUCUGCAGAUCGGUCUGUCGCUGGUCGGCAUCAUCAUUGUAGUCGCCAUCGCGAAUGUGUGGCUGCUGAUCCCCACUGUGUUCGUCGGCAUCAUCUUCUACUACUUGAGAAUCUUCUACCUGGCUACUAGUCGUAGCAUCAAGCGCCUCGAAGGCGUCACUCGCUCACCGGUCUUUGCUCACUUGAGCGCGACUCUUCAAGGACUACCAACGAUUCGCGCGUUCGAAGCGGGCCAAAUCCUCACGGAGGAGUUUGAUCGUCACCAAGAUCUCCAUUCGUCCGCGUGGUACAUCUUCAUUGCGUCCUCACGUGCCUUCGGUUUCUGGUUGGAUAUUUUCUGUGUGAUAUAUAUUGUGUUGGUGACACUAAGUUUUCUCGUGUUGAACAACUAUUCCCGAGGCUCGGUGGAUGGCGGAUACGUAGGCUUGGCAAUCACUCAGAGUAUUGGUCUCACCGGCAUGUUUCAGUGGGGCAUGCGUCAGAGCGCUGAGUUGGAAAACCAAAUGACCUCGGUAGAACGUAUCCUCGAGUACAGCAAUGUGGACAGCGAGCCUGCUCUUGAGAGCGCCCCUGAUAAAAAACCCAAAUCCGACUGGCCACAGAAAGGCAAGAUCGAAUUCAAGACUGUGUUUUUGCGUUACUCGCCAAUGGAAUCGUCGGUACUGAAGAAUCUCAACUUCGUCAUCCAUCCGCGCGAGAAGAUUGGCAUCGUUGGCAGAACCGGUGCCGGCAAAUCGUCUCUGAUUCAAGCUCUUUUCCGUCUGGUCGAAGUAGAAGGUACCAUCGAAAUCGACGGCGUUGACACGAGCGAGAUCGGUCUGCACGAUCUGCGCUCCAAGAUCAGCAUUAUUCCGCAAGAACCGUUCCUGUUCUCUGGUACUUUAAGACGAAAUCUCGACCCGUUCGAUUCCUACACCGACGACGUCCUGUGGCGGGCGCUCGAGGAAGUCGAGUUGAAGGAGAUGGGCCUGCAGGCGAACGUCAAUGAGGGCGGCUCCAAUCUCAGCGUGGGUCAACGACAGUUGGUUUGUCUGGCCCGCGCCAUCAUCAGGAACAACCCGAUACUCGUCCUGGACGAGGCGACCGCCAACGUGGACCCGCGAACAGACGAGCUUAUCCAGACGACGAUCAGGAACAAGUUCGAGAAGUGCACGGUGCUAACGAUCGCCCAUCGACUGAACACCGUCAUGGACAGCGAUCGUAUCCUGGUCAUGGACGCUGGAUAUGCGAAGGAAUUCGAUCAUCCCCACGUGCUGCUGCAAAAGGAAUCGAGUUAUCUGAAGAAAAUGGUACAGGAAACCGGCAAAGCGAUGGCGGAGGCCCUGGCCGGCAUCGCCCGCGACAGCUACCUGAAUCGUCCACCCACGCUCUGAAACAUCCUCGACAGGAUCCUCGCUAAUUUUUCGACAGAUGACGAUGCCGUGAUAGGUUUCUGUGAGGAAGAUACCGUCUGUUCUCCUGAGAAUUUUCGUUGAACGACUCUAGAUACUUGACCAAUUACCUUCGCGAAAAAAGACAAAAUCGGUCCAAGAAUUUCGAAUCCUUGAAAUUUAGAGAUAUAGAAAUCCUGGCGCAUCGAAAGUUAACAAAAGUGCCGCGAAAGCCAGGAAGGUAAAUAAGAGGUUCUCGAGAAAGAUAAAUAUACUAAAUGAUUUAGAUAUCUGUAUGAAAAACUUUUCUAUAUAUCAGAAUUUAGGCACAGAGUUAGGCGUCAAUGAAAUGUAGUAUUUAAGAAAAAGAAAAAUCAAUAGGAAAUGUAAAGAGAAAGGCGAAAGAUGAUAUAAUAUAAAGUUCUAGAUUUAUUCGAGAAGAGGGAACAUUAGAAAAAUGUUUAAGGAGAUAUUAGAUAUAUAAAGAUCCUUGCGGGAAUUCGAAAGAGGAUACAGAAGCGGCGAAACUUUCGAUAAGAGAUUAAUAAACCGACAGUCGUUUUUUAUAUGCAAGGUAUAUGGUCUCGUUUGAGUUGAUCUUUUUUCGACAAUUCUCUGCCUUUUUCCAAUGCAAUGCCAGUGCAGCGAGCAAUCAAAAAAACGCUCCCAGUUACAGUAUUAUUACGUCAUUUUUGUAUCAGUCUGUUGACCCAGAUUUCCCAUCGGGAAGGAAUAAAACUUUUAACACA